AGAGUUGCAACAAAAUGCUCGCUGUUAAUCGGCAACUGGUCUCGGUUUUUCAACCAACUACAACAACAUCGCUGAUGAGGCUAAAAAUCCCGCUAACCAUAGAUGAGGUGAUCGGUGGAAUCGAGGCGGAAAUGACUGACGUAGAAGAGGCUCUGCUUCAUCAAAUCGGUGCCAAAGAAGUUCCUUUUACUGGUAUGGAUAAGAGCGGUCGGGGAGUUUGUCUGAAUUACCUUCGAGGCGCAUGCACAAUGGGUCAAGUAUGCCCGCUAAGGCACAUAGUCGGGGAUAAAGCUGUUGUGUGUAAACAUUGGUUGAGAGGACUGUGUAAAAAGGGUGAUCAGUGCGAAUUUUUGCAUGAAUAUGAUCUCACGAAAAUGCCAGAGUGCUUCUUCUUUUCAAAAUACAUGGCUUGCAGCAACCGUGAAUGCCCUUUUCGUCACAUUGAUCCGGAAACCAAAAUGAGAGACUGCCCUUGGUAUGAUCGAGGAUUCUGUCGGCAUGGUCCAUAUUGCAAGCAUCGUCAUCGAAGACGGGUUAUAUGCCCCAACUAUCUUGCUGGCUUUUGUCCUGAUGGAAAGGAAUGCAAGUUCACUCAUCCGUCAUUUGCCUUACCAGCGCCGGAGAACCCUGUGGCGAAUAAUAAGCGAAUGUUCAGUCACCAAAUCAUUUGUCAUAACUGUCAUGAACGAGGCCACAAGGCCACUCAUUGUCCACAUUUGCCAACUCAGCAAAACAAGCAGUCUGAGUCGAACCCUGCAUCAAAUCGAACGGUGCAGCCAGUGGAUCUCUCACUGUUUCCAGACAAGAAGAGCUUAUCAGAAGUUACUUGUUACAAGUGCGGAGAAAAAGGUCACUAUGCUAAUCGUUGCCACAAAGGAGCUUUGGCUUUCCUUUCAAAUACUGCUCAUCUGGCACAGGAGCAGCGAGAAAAAGAUGAACGGGAGGGAAGGUAUCUUCCGGGAGCGUACCUAGGUCAAACGAGUUUGAAUCCUCGUACAGGCUAG